GCCCCUCAGCCCAGCUCCACCAAUAGUACUGCAGAAGAGAAAGGUUGAAUUAAGUAUCAAAAGAUAUAGUGCGUCUGACCAUUUAAAAAAAAUGGUGUACUGGAUUUAAAAAACAGAGACUUGGCUGAAGAGGAAUUGCGAAGACAGAAGAACUUGGUGUUGUGUUUAAGAUUCCUGUUGAAAAUGCUCCUACGGCCAAAAUCAACGCAAGUUCAAGAGUGAGAUUUGGAUUACACCUUGCAGGUCAAUCAUGGGUCGCUACCUCAGCACCAACUUGUGUUCAAGUUCAGUGAACAAAACAAUGAGAACAUAUUGCAAAGUUAGGUACCUAAUGAGCCUCCUUAGAAAGUACCCUCAUCUGGCUAAUGCAACACUCGGCCUGGACCUCCACAGAUAUUACCUGCUAUCACCUCCUCAUCUCUCCAGAUUUACAAGAAAAGGUGUAUUCAACCAUUCAAAUGACAGUGCUGCAGGCUCUGCUUCCAACAACUUCCUCCGAGAUAAUACCAAAGAACUGAAUCAUCUCCAGGUGGUGCGUUUUUACUCGUCUUCCAAUAGGAAUACAUUCAAACCUGACGCUCCGAUUGGGAUCCUCGAGGAGGCUGACACUGGUUUACUUUUGAGUUCACUGGGAGGACGUCUUGGUCAAUCAUUUAAGAGGAUGUCCAAACACAUCAAUAUUUAUUUCAAGAGAAAGGAGGUUUCCCUCGCUGAAAAUGCCAUCCUUGUCGUCGCAACUCCAGAAUGUCUUGAAAGUUCAAAGAGGCGUUGUCAAAGUCAAACAGCAGCCACAGGGCAAAAUAUAUCAGGUGCAGACACAAUGCAGACUGUGAAAAAAGAUAACCAGAAUACCUCAGGAAUGAGUCCUUCAACACAAAGAAACUUUGAACUGCAACUAUUUCACAUCAGCUCUUUGGCGACAGCAUUUGGGGAGAGCUACAAUUACAUUGCUGGUCACAUUAACUCGGCCUUCUCUCCCGAUUUGACAAAAGUUCAAAUGCAGGAGAAUUUGGACACCAUGUCUUCCACAAGAAGGAAAAACAGAAAGCUGAAGAAGAGACAAACACAAAACACUUACAUCAUGAAGUCGAAAGAAGCUGAAACGUCUCCAGUCAAAUCAGGUGCCGAUCAGCCAACACUGGAAACAAACAAUAUCUCCAGCAGCUGGGAGGAGGGCUACCUCCAUUUUGCCAGACAUAUCAAUUCAUACUUUGGUGCCACAGUUACCAAAGAAGUUAAUCAAGAUCAGAUAAGGAAGGAACAACUUUCUGAAGAAAAUAGCACUUACAAAAAACACUUUUCAGUACAAUCUACCUCACAAACCCAGGGUGCCAUAUCACAAUUGAAGCAAGACAAACCUACCAUCCAUGGAACAGGAGGCCUUUUUCACAGCAGCUCUAAUACCACUAACUUCGGAGAGAACUAUUUCCAAACGGCCAGCCACAUAAAUCAGUAUUUUAAAGGUCAAAGUGGAUUGGAGGAAGACACUGAUGGAAAUCUCUUAACAGAGAUGGAUCCUGGAUCUGCUACCUCUGAGAGACUUAAGACUGUGUCCUUCAUGGACUGCCUGUACAACCCCACAACUGCCAUCCCUGACUUGCUAGGCGCUUAUCUGAAACUCGGCCCUUUGACUCAGACCCGUAAGCCUGCUAUGACGUCGCCAGAGACAAUGCUGGCUAAAAAGCUGGUAUUGAGUCAGAGGCAGGCAAUGAAAGUGACAUCGGGGCUGAUCGGCACUCUGUCACAGGCUUUGUCUCCCGAAGCUCUGGCUGCCUGCGUGGAGGCACUCAAUGAACACCUCAUCCGUUACCCAUCAUGCAAAGCUUUAAUGUGGCAGGAAAGAACGGCAGUCACAUUGUUGAAAAAGCGACGGACCCACCGAGAUAACCAGGUGCUUCAGAGCGCGUUAAGAGAAAGCUUGGCUCAAAUCGGCUAUGUGGACCCGGUCAAAGGUCGUGGCAUAAGAGUACUCUCAAUUGACGGUGGUGGCACAAGAGGUGUGGUGCCUUUGCAGGUAUUAAAGCUACUGGAAGCUGAAACAGGCAAGAAGAUCCAUCAGCUGUUUGACUACAUCUGUGGCGUGAGCACAGGUGCCGUUCUGGCCUUCAUGCUGGGUCUUGCUCAUUUCUCUAUUGAGGAGUGUGCGGACAUGUAUCGUCGUUUUGGCUCUGAAGUGUUUCGGCAGAACCCGCUGGUCGGCACUGUGAAGAUGGGCUGGAGUCACUCUUACUAUGACACCGAGACCUGGGAGACAAUACUACGAGAAAAGCUAGGAAAUAGAGUACUUAUCAAAACCGCCGGCGAUGAGUUGAGUCCCAAGGUUUCAGCAGUCAGCGCUGUGGUAAACUGGGGUACCAGUCCAAAGGCCUUCGUCUUCCGCAACUACAACCACAAACCAGGCUCUCUCAGCCGCUACGCAGGAGGCUCAGCUUUCCAGAUGUGGCAGGCAGUGCGAGCAUCAUCAGCCGCCCCAGGAUACUUCCGGGAGUUUCCCUUACAGAGUGACAUUCACCAGGAUGGAGGAAUCAUCUUGAACAAUCCCUGUGCCUUGGCUGUUCAUGAGAGCCGUCUAUUGUGGCCCAACCAGCCCUUCCAGUGUGUGCUGUCCCUGGGCACUGGUCGCUAUGACAAUGCAAAAAAGGGACCUACCACCUCCACCAGCCUGAGGGCCAAAAUCAGCAACCUGAUCUGCAGUGCUACUGACACUGAAGGAGUCCACACCCUUUUGGACGAGUUGUUGGCUCCAGAUGUGUACUUCCGCUUUAACCCCAUGUUAAGUGCUCUGGUGUCCCUGGAUGAGAGUCGGCCACAGGCCCUGGACCAGCUACAGAGAGACACUCAGAACUACCUGGAGAGAAACCGGUCCAAAGUGGCAAGACUCUGUUUGGUGCUCGGGGCGGAGCGCUCAGCUGCGAGCAGGACAAAGGACUGGAUGAGUGAGAGGGCCUGGGAGAUGAAGCAGAGAUGGGUGUGAGUACGUACAAUAUGAGGUAUGUGUACGCAGAAAUGCAUACCCAGAACACACUGAUACCCAUUGGACUAGGUGGUAAUUUUCAGAAACUUUUGCGCCGUGGCUAUAUGGAUAGCAAUGUCAAUCUGUCAGUUUGCCCACCAUAUUGGACAGAGUAAUUUAUAUGAUCAACUAUUGAAUUGAUUGCCAUUCAAUUGUGUACAGACAUUCAUGGUCACAAGUGUCACGAGGUGCGUGGUGAGGCAAAAGCUCAGGCACAAAGGAAAAAGGCCGGUGUGUAGGUACAAUGAAACAAAUAAUACUCUUUUACUGAGAAAAAGUCACGAGGAACUCAAGCUGGAAGGGGAAGUGAAACACAGGAUUUAAAAAGGGAAUUUACAACAGGAAUUAAGGACAGGAAUCAACGACAGGACUAAACAACACGUACCAACGACAGGACUAAACAACAACAAUCUGAUAGUGGACAAAGGAAAUAAUGGGAGUAUAUAUAUAAGGGGGGAAACCACAGGUGUAGGGCAUGAGCAAUCAGGGAGGCAGAGGAGUGGCUGAGGGCAGGUGAAGCCAAUGAGCAAUCAAGAGACACUGGGGAGACAGACACAGAACUAACAGGGUGUUACGUCGAGAUGAGGCCUCAUUGAAUUUGGUGAUCGCCAUUAGCCCAACCAAAUCAAACCAAUCUAAAAUGGAUUGCCCUAAAACCUGGUGCAGACAUUCAUGUCCGUCUCUGAAUGAAUUGCAUUUAUGUUGUUGAUCUAAUGCAAUUAUCAGGUCAACAUUUAGAUUUCUUUCAAUGCUAAUUUCAAAACUAAAAACAUUCCUACCAGCCUCUGUUCUGUUUUAUGUUUAGUCCUAAUUAGAUAAUUGUAUUUUGCUAAUUACGAAACUAAGAUGGUGAACAAUGUGAACAUUAAACCUGGCAAACAUAUGCAUGUUAUUGUGAGCUGGUACAAUAUACCAGAGGCACUUGUGUGAUAUAUAUGGCGUGUCUACACUUUUUAUUCGCAUAAAUAUAAAUGAGAGCCAAUAGUUUAGUAAUGCCUCAAGUCUCUUUGGUUCUGCUUUAUAUGCUACAGCGAUUGUGUGUUGGCCUCUGAAUUGUUGAGGGUCUAUUUGUGAUCCCAGUUGUCUUUGCUCAUUGCAUUUCUCUGUCAUUUGCAUCUGUUGUUGUGAAACUUGGACCCUUGCCAAAAAUAUGUGAUGUACAGUUUGCGGCUGAAUUGUUCCACCCCCCUUCAGAGAGGGUUGAACAAUCACAGAGAAACCUUUCAAGUCAGCAUAAGACAAUUUAUAGAUAAAAUAGAGUCACGAAGAAGCCAGAUAGUUGUUAUAAUGCAAUAAGAUGUUUCGGCUGUUAUGUCCACUUCCUGUUGUACAUGCAUCAACAAGCCUCACAUAUAGCACGUUAAUGCACUUUAUUUAAAUAAUGCUUUGUGUAAUUUGCACAUGUGACAUAAUAAUCUGAAUAUUAAUAUUAAUGUUGCACUUCUCAGUGUGGUUGAAUGUGAUAUAAGCUAUAUAAUACGUGUAUGUGACAUCACAGAUAAAGUAGUGUAUUAUUGUGCAAAUGAACAUUGUUUCAUUGUGUCAUUUGAAUAAAUGAAUAUUUAUAAAAACUUUU